AUGUUGGCAAACUUUGCAAUUCUUGGUGUGCUCCUGCUGGGCCUGGCGGAGGCAGCUCCCCUUCCUAAAUGUCGGUGGAACUAUGGGAAAUACUACCAAACAUCUCUCAGGUUCUUGGACCAGAUGGCUGCUAAUGCCACCGAGGAUGUGGAGAACCCUCUGCCUUUCCCCAAGGACCAGUACGAGCUGGAGUCCAAACGCUCCGUUAAGCAUCGUCUGACUUUCGUGGCUGAUCUCCUGCAGGAGGUCCAGGAUCUGUUUGACCACAAAAACAUUUCUUCUGCAUCCUGGGAUGAAACAACGCUGGAGCACUUUCUCGCAGUCGUCUACAGGGAGAAAGUUGACCUGCAGGACUGCGUAAGUCGGAAUAGAAUACUUGUACAUAUGGCACGGAUGGAGCAACUACAGCCGGGGAGUGUGAAGAACAGCAAAAACCAAACUCUACAAAAGUAUUUCAAGGAACUGUCCCGCAUGGUUCUGGAAGAAAAGGAGUACAGUGCGGAGGCCUGGGAGAUGAUCAGGACUGAAGUCAAGUUGCAUCUUUUCCGUGCCAGCCAGCUCAUUCCAUCCAAGAUGUCCAUUUAA